AGGCCCAUUAACCAAUCAAGAGCAGGUGCCCGCCCCGCCUGUCCCGGGACUGGCGGGGCCGGGGAGCCCAGUGCCCAAGUCGCCCCGGGGUGGCAGUUCCCGUUAACCUUAACCACAAAGUCAAGACGGCAGAGCGGGUGCCCCGGAGGCCUCCGUGGAUGGAGGGUGGCCUGGCUGGUGCGAGCACAGGAGAUGGGCCGGUGAUGAAGAUCAAGCAAGAGAAGCCCGAGUGGCUGCUGCAGACGCUGAUGCCGCAGGCCGUGCUCUCUGAGAAGGAUAAGGAAAACAUUUUCCAGCAGCAUCGGGGCCUCCCGCCUUGCCAGACCGUGGGGAAGCCUCGGGCCCUGGGGGGACAGGAGGAGCCUGGGGGUCCAAGAUGGGCCCCUCCCCCUGAGCAGGCCGGGGGGCUGGCGGGCCGGGCUCUCUCUGCCGGCGAGGGUCACUUCGUGUGCCUGGACUGCGGGAAGAGGUUCAGCUGGUGGUCGUCCCUGAAGAUCCACCAGCGCACCCACACCGGGGAGAAGCCGUACCUGUGCGGCAAGUGCGGCAAGAGCUUCAGCCAGAAGCCCAACCUGGCGCGCCACCAGCGCCACCACACGGGCGAGCGGCCCUUCUGCUGCCCCGAGUGCGCGAGGCGCUUUAGCCAGAAGCAGCACCUGCUCAAGCACCAGAAGACCCACGCGCGGCCCGCCACCCACUCGUGCCCCGAGUGCGCGCGCUGCUUCCGCCACCAGGUGGGCCUCCGCAUCCACCAGCGCGCGCACGCCCGGGACCGCCUGGGCGCCCGCGCGGGGCUGCAGGAGUUGCUGCGGGACGCCGCCGCCGCCCGCAGGGGCUGUCGCCUGCGGCCGGGCGAGCCCCGCCAGUUCAUCUGCAACGAGUGCGGCAAGAGCUUCUCGUGGUGGUCGGCGCUCACCAUCCACCAGCGCAUCCACACGGGCGAGCGGCCCUACGCGUGCCCGGAGUGCGGCCGCCGCUUCAGCCAGAAGCCCAACCUGACGCGGCACCGGCGCAACCACACGGGCGAGCGGCCCUACCUGUGCGCCGCGUGCGGCCGCGGCUUCAGCCAGAAGCAGCACCUGCUCAAGCACCAGCGCGUGCACCGGGGGGCCCUGGCGCCCACCCCCAGCGCCAAGGACCCGGCGCUUUAUGUUGCAGAAGAGAAAAACAUGAAGGAUGGACUGUCUCACGUCGUCUCACUGUCCUUUAUCGUGGGCCCGGCCUGGGUAGCGCUGUUUCGGGAUGACGGAGAUGGGGAUGAGGCUCUUGCUGCUGGACUGGGGCCUCGGGGGGAUCCGGCGAUGGGAACGGCCGAGGCCGGGGGCGGGGAAGUUGGGGUGACCCGCCCGGCGGGGCUUCCGGCUCCCGAAGCGGCUCCCGUCGGCUUCCCUCUCCUGCCCGCGCGGGCGCAGCGCUCGCAGCCCUCCUUUUUCCGCCAGCCAGGUCGUUGGCGAGUUAGACCUCCCAGCCUCACGGGGCUGCUGUGCGGCUGCGGCGACGCUGGCGACUGCGGCGCUGCGGCGGAGACGGAGGGCUCGGGAGGCGGCGCCACACUGCGGCUGGAAGUGCCCAUGACAGAGCUGGCGUCCUCGGGGGGCGGGUCCCCUGCGGGGGACGGGGAGGAGGGUCUGGGGGACGAGCGAGGCCUGGUCAUCCACCACCCCGCGGAGGAGCAGCCUCACCGCUGCCCACUGUGCGGCCAGACCUUCUCGCAGCAGCCCAGCCUGGUGCGCCACCAGAAGGCACACGCUGGGGUGGGCCGCGCGGCCGCCUUCGUGUGCCCCGAGUGCGGCAAGGCCUUCAGCGUCAAGCACAACCUGGAGGUGCACCAGCGCACGCACACCGGCGAGAGGCCCUUCCCCUGCCCGGAGUGUGGCCGCUGCUUCAGCCUCAAGCAGAACCUGCUCACGCACCAGCGCAUCCACAGCGGCGAGAAGCCGCACCAGUGCGCGCAGUGCGGCCGCUGCUUCCGCGAGCCGCGCUUCCUGCUCAACCACCAGCGCACCCACGCGCGCAUGCCCGCACCGCACCCGCGCCGCCCCGGCGUGUUCGGGGAGCGGCGGCCCUACUUCUGUGCCCGCUGCGGCAAGAGCUUCGCGCGCGAGGGCUCGCUCAAGACCCACCAGCGCAGCCACGGCCACGGGCCCGAGGGCCAGGCGGCCCAUUUAGGCCGCGUGCUAUGAUGCGCGCCAGGCCUGCCGCCGCCGGUUUCCUGCCCCAGAGCCGCGUCCGUGACUCCAGGAGAUGGCGCUGGGCUGCGGCCCCCGUUCUGGAUUUGAUCCUGAGAGACGGGGAGGGCUGGCUUGGGGUCUUGAAGGAGUGGGCCGCUGCCCCGCUUGGGCCGCCUCUUUCCGAGUCUUCACCCUACCGCUGGUCGUCCACAGCUGCUUUAGGCCCCUGCAUUGGUUUUCCUCCUCUGGCUCACCCGGCCUAGAGUAGAUGUGGAGUGGGCAGGACCUCUGGGCAGUGUGUGAGGCACAUCUGGGCACAGAGUCUAGGAAUGGGGCCCUCUGGGGCCCUGCCCACCGGCAUGAGGACAUGUCCCCUAAGAAGACCUACCUCGGGAGGUGCCCUGCAGAGGGGACUGAUGCAGCCUGGAAUUGGAGGCCGGUUCUGUGCCCCGGUGGAAAAACUCCCCGAACCAGUUGGGAGUCAUGGCCAGAGAAGAGCUCGUCCUGGCUGCCUGGCCACAGACUUCCACUCUCAUGUGGCAGCAGGGACAGUGCCUGUGUGGAGAGCCAGCUUCUCUGCGCCUGCCUGGCCCAUCAGAGACAGCAAGUAACUGGCCCAGGAGAACACAGCAAAGUCAGCAGGAGGCCUGGCUCUAGAGGCGAAGCCUUUCCCCCAGGUGUGAACCAUACUUGCAAGGCUCCACUUUCCUUUCAGAGCAAUGGUUCUUAAGACUUUGGGGGUGUGAAACCCUUGGGAAAUCUAGCAAACGCUAUGAACCUCCUCCCCAGGAAAACGCGCAUACUCACGGAGACGGAGACACGAGAAUCUACAAACAAUGCCAGAGCUCCUGGACUCCUGGCUGAGAAUCUCAGCCCCAGGACAGAACCUGCCACGCUUUCCUUACCUACGACAGAUCCCUGGGUCGGGCCGCCCCACAAGUAGCAUUUCUCCCUCCCCCUGCUGAACUUCCUUCCCUCACUCAGGAAUAAAGAAUUCUGAGGAGGGGACCCUUUUAGUCGCUCUCCUCCCAGGCCUCACGGGGCCUCAGGCUCCUGGAACCUCUCUUCCCUUCCACAGACAUUGCUGGAGGCUCUCUGGGCUGGGUUUGCUCUUCUCUGAUUUGGGGUGCUUGCUCUGGCUGUUGGGUUUCACCAUGCCCAGGAUCCCUGGCCCGGGCUCUGUCUGAUCUCACCGUGAAAGUGGUGGGGAAAGCAGGGAGCUCCAUGGUGUAGGCUGUGCGUGCCCUUGGGUCCACCCGGGGGGAGGGAUCCUGCUUCCCAGCAGCCAAGCCUGUGCCACACCAGGUGUUUAGCCAGGACUGAUGUGGGGAAGGCUGAGGGGGGAGACGGAGCUUGGCUCCUGGUGCCCGCCAGCUCUGGGGCCGAGGAGCUUUCCCGAGGUCCGUGCGUGGAUGUGGAGGGGCAGAGGCUGGACCACCAGCAGGGAGAGGACUUCUGUUUCCACCCUGAGCGGGUUGGCCUGGAGCUCACUGGCCUCCCCAGAACGAACCACUCAUCUGAAGAGGUGUGGCCGAUUAGGGCUGGGCUGGGGUUUCGAUGACCUCCAGAUGCAGGUUCUACUUAGUGAAACCCUUGGGGGUGGGGAGAGGCCUGGAGCCAUGGAUUUAGAUCAAAUCCCAGCAAUGGGAGUUGUGGGGGGCGCUGUGGAGCGUUCUGGUGGGAGGUCCUAGGGCCCAGCUGGGCUUUGGUCAGGGUUGUCUGGAGGCCCCCCUCCCCAGCUCCUGCCCUGGGAUCUUGCCUGUCCCGUCUCCCUUGCAGCCUGCUGCAAAUCUGCCGUAGGCCUCGUCCUGGAAUAACAAACCGUGCUGGGGGAGAUCAGAGAAACAGGAGGCGUUCUGCACUCCAGAAGCUUCCAUUUGCUCUGAUCCUUGGCCUGCCUGGAGGGAGCCUCAGGGAGGGAGCCUCCCUGCCGAUCUCAGCUCACCUCCCUCCAGUCUAACCACGCAGCCCUCAUGCGCUGUUGAAGCCUCUGCCUUCCCUGCCUCUGCCUUCCCUGGUAUUGCUGUGAAAUGCGCCCCUCCCCCGUCCUCCCCAAACCCACUUCUCCACCAGGACCUCCAUCCUCUUUCUCUGAACGGUCCCUGUGUUAACACCGUCUCACCCUCGGGGGCACAUGCCGCCUUGCACUCUGGCUUUCCAUGCGUGUGCACGUGCGUAUGUAUGUGUGUGUGUGUGUGUGUGUGUGUGUUGAGUCUCCAGCUAGACUGUAUGCUCCCUGAGGGCAAGGGACGUGCCAUUUCCUCUUGAACCCCAACAGGGUCCAGCACAGGGCUGGGCUCAUAACACUCAGGAAAUACUUGUCUACUGGCUGAUGGGUCAAGUGCUGGAGGCUGGAGGGUGGCUGGUGGUGGGAGGAGGUGGCGGGUGAGUUCACACGUGGGUUGUGUGUUCGUUUCACUGGGCUGUGAGCUGGCUCCCCUGGGGCACUAAUGACUGUAGGAGACCUCAGGUCCUCCCCUACUUGGGCCAGUGGGACAGGAGGGAUGCCCCCAUGGCUACGCGGGAGUGCGUGUCAACGGUUGUCCAGGCUGGAUAUUUCCGUCGGUCACCGAUAGCUGCCGGAGCUGACCAAGUGGAAUAAAUGUUCUCUCGACAUCA